AUGCACUGCCUCCACCAGUCUUCCAACAUCACCUCCAGGAUGAAGAUAAUCAUCAUCUCAGCACUUGCAACUUUGUCCAUCGCUGCUCCACAGUACAAUUAUUCUCCUCCACCUACAUCACCACCUCCUCCUCCAUCUACUACUCCACCUCUUCCAAGUACAAUCUCAACUGUACGCGGCGCCAGGAGCAGGCCAAAGAAAUGCCGAAGUCAAGAUUCCACUCCAGUGGCCAUCUUAAGGGACGAGAGAACCCAGAGUGAAGACGGAACUUUCAAAUUCGAAUUCGAGGGCGACAAUGGGAUCGUCGUCUCUGGAUCUGGAUCCGCAACAGGAACAAACGGCUCCGUAGUACAGCGGGAAGUUUACAAUGUUCCAGGGAUACCAAGUGCAUUUUGGCAUCAGUUCUUGCAUUUGGAAUUGUCCUUGUAUUUGCUGAUUUUGGAUAACUUAGAUACCAUGUUCUUCUCGAUGGAGGUCACCGCCCCCGACGGAACUCCCGUUGAUGUGACGUACGUGCCGAUGAAAAAGGGUUCCAGCCUCAGUCAGACAGUCUUCCCAAGGCUCCCGAAUUCCCCCACCCGAUUCCUCAGUUCGUCCUCGACCAGAUCGCCUUCGCUGCCGAGGAGGAUGCAGCUGCUGCAGGUAACCGGAUGCGAUAGUGAUAGCUUCGAUGAAAAGAUUGAACCUACUUCAGACAGAGAAUUACUUUAUACCCAAAUAGAUAAAACACAGUCUUGUCCGUCAGAUAUGGAGAGAUGCGAGACCUACAACUGGAAUUAUAAUGUAAGAACUUCCAGGCAGGUCAAACCAGAGGGGAGAGGGAUCGGCGAAAUCUUUGAAGCCCGAUCAACAAAAAGGGUACAGGUGAUUGGAAAUGCCAUUGUGGUCUCGUGGAGAUGCCCAGAGCCCAAGCCUAUAGUCUAUGGAACACUAGGGGAUGUAGAUAUCCCGGUGUUCAUAGACUCGGGGGCCUCAACCUCCCCACCCAUACCCCCACCCUACGUCACUCCUAAACCUCCUCCUCCUUCUCCUCUCAUCUUCCUCCUCUUCCCCCACCUCCCCCUACAUACAUUCCACCUAAGCCACCUACUACUCGUCCUCCUCAACCUCCCCCUACUUACAUUACACCGUAAACCAACUACUCCUCGUCCUCCUCCACCUCCCCCUAAUUACAUUCCACCUAAGCCAACUACUACUCGUCCUCCUCCACCUCCCCUACGUACAUUACACCUAAACCCAACUACUACUCGUCCUCCUCCACCUCCCCCUACGUAA